AUGUCACGCGACAUAUUGGACAUGUUGACGGAGCCACAGAUGACCAAAGUGUGUGCUCCAAUGGUGAGGUACAGCAAACUACCGUUUCGUACUUUGAUGAGAAAGUACGACUGUGACCUCUGCUUCACCCCGAUGAUCCUUGCCGACGCGUUCGUUCAGUCGUCAAAGGCACGGGACAGCGAAUUUUCAACGAGCAAAGACGACAGGCCGCUUGUCGUGCAGUUUGCUGCCAACGAGGUAGAUGAUUAUGUUGGAGCUGCAGAACUCAUUGCGCCCUACGCCGAUGGUGUUGAUUUGAACUGUGGCUGUCCUCAACGAUGGGCCAUGAAAGAUGGCUAUGGGGCUGAUUUAUUGACCAAACCACAGCUUGUCAAAGACAUGGUUUACCAAGUUCGAAAUAGGAUACCACAGCCCUUUACCGUUUCUGUAAAAAUUCGUCUAUUAAAAGAUUUACAGAAAACGAUAGAUCUCUGCCGAAUUGUGGAAAAAACUGGCGUGUCCUUUGUCACGGUUCAUGCAAGGACUCCGGACAUGAGGAAUGAACCUAUUGAUUUGGAAAGUUUGAAACUUGUUAGGAGUUCUGUACAAUUACCAGUUAUAGCUAAUGGAAAUGUUAGGAGUCUCAAGGAUGCCGUGAAUCUGUAUAAAGACUCCAAAUGCAAUGGUGUUAUGGUUGCCAGUGCACUGUUGGCAAAUCCUGCCUUGUUUUCAGGGUCCGCGAGCACUCCUGUUGAGUGUGUACAAGACUGGCUUGAUAUAACAUCAAGCAUGGGUACCCCUUUUAUGUGUAUGCAUCAUCAUUUAGUUUUUAUGCUGGACAAAGUAUUGACAAAACAAGAAAAACAAGUGUUUAAUGUUCUCAAGACAAGGAGUGACGUUUAUGGUUUUCUUGAAAAACGUUUUAACACUGUUCCCGAGACAUUUUGUGAAAAGUAUAAGAUGACUGACUGUAAGUUUGAAGUUUUGCCAAAAAAAAUUGUUAAAAAAACCAACGAACAUGAUGUAUGCAGUAUAAGCUUGGAAAACCUUUUCAUUUGACUUACCCAAUAGUAAACAUGUACAUAGACUGUUUAAUUUUUGUAUAGUUAUUUUUAUACUGAAGAAAUAUUGUUAUGUGGGUAAGUUAGGUGCCGAGAUGUUGUUU